CGUUUAUGGGGGGUUGGUGCGUAUCUGGUACAGGAGGGGAGUAUGAAGACUGGGGCAACUCAUUCCAUGAUCCGUCGGGCAAAGAUCCGACGACACCCAAAAUGUACCCAUUUCAACUCGUCUGCGUCCGACUUCAUGCAAUUCUUGAUUUCAGACCAGUCGUUGAAGCGUAAAGUCAAUUGACCAUAUCACAACAUUAGGGGUCGUCCCAAGUUAGGAGGAAUCCAUCAUCUUUCAGGAUUGACAACUUGAGACGAACUUCGAUAGUCAAAAACAGACGAAUUUCAAGGCGUUUAGCCUGGCACAGACACCAACACUGCCAGGGGUUCUCACUGCCAAGAACCAGUCCAUCAUGUCAUCUACAGACUUUCCCAUCGUGGACUCCCACAUUCAUCUCUACCCAGAGGCCGAGCUGGAAACCUUCAAGUGGUACACGCCCGACAACCCGCUCGGCAAGCGCCACUCGCUGGCCGAGUACCGCGCCGCGACCGGCUCCCCCUCCAACCUGAAGGGCUUCGUCUUUCUCGAGACAGACCGGCUCAACGAUGAAGGCCGGGACUGGAAGCUCCCACUGAUGGAGGUCGAGUGGCUGGCCCGCAUCGUCGACGGCAAGCCUCGGGACGGCGAGGGCCACACCCCAGAGGAUGCCCCCCUGUGCCUGGGCAUCGUCCCCUGGGCCCCCAUGAACCUCGGCGCCGCCAAGGUCGAGGAGUAUCUGGAGCAAGCUGAGAAGGUGGCCGGGCCUGCUACCUGGGCCAAGGUCAAGGGUUUCCGCUACCUGCUGCAGGACAAGCCGGCGGCAUCGGGCUUGACGGAGGAGUUUGUCGAGUCCAUGAGGCUUCUGGGCAAAAAGGGGUUCAUUUUUGAUGCCGGUGUUGAUCAGCAUCGCCGGGGGAGACAGCAGCUGGAUGAGCUCGUGUCCAUGAUCGACCAAGCUCAUGACGGCAUUGCGAAUGAGGACGACAAAGUCAAAUUCAUUAUCAACCACUUCUGCAAACCAAACCUAGAGAUCAUCAACCCGGCCGACCCCAGCUUCAUUGCAUGGCGUGCGGCCAUGUUCACCCUGGGCAAGUGUGACCGCGUCUACAUGAAGCUGAGCGGUAUGUUCUCCGAGAUGCCCGAGUCCCUGCGCCAACGGUCUAUGGAGGAGAUCUUUGAGGCCGUCCAGCCCUGGCUGGCUGUUGUCCUGGCCGCCUUUGGGCCCUCGAGGCUGAUGUUUGCUAGUGACUGGCCCGUGUGCACUGUCGGCGUCGACGAGGAGGACGCCGGUGGCGCGUGGAAGAAGUGGAAGGCGGUUAUCGACCGCCUCUGCCGCCUGGCUAGCCUGUCGGAGGAAGAUCAGAAGAUGAUUUGGUCCGGGACGGCGGUCAAGGCUUACGGGAUUGACAUUUAGGGCUGGUCUUGUGUAGCUGUCAGAGUUAGUUGUAUUAAACGGCAAGAUGCGAGCAAAAGUAUGCGCCACUAUGUAUGAGGAAGCAAAGUCAUCAUUGACAUGGAGUAUUUAGCGACUUGAAGCAGGUGUCGACGUAGCCAAAACAUUUUCAGUCACUGAAAGGACAUACUGCACUUAUGCUUAUACGGAACCGGCUGUUUGGGGUG